AUUGCAUUCUGGGUUGUAUCGUACAUUGGUGGCCAUCUUGAAAUUUUGAGAUUGAAGUCUUUCUUGGCGCAGUCUAGCUUAGCAAAUCAAGAUGUUAAGGAUUGUCAGUAAACGAUUAUUUUCUCCCGCUGUUAUAAGGACCGUACCAGCUUUAGGUGCAACUGCUCGUCCAUCGAGUAACAAACCAAAAGAGACAGAAGAGGCUUUUGACGCAAGAUGGGAGGCAUACUUUAGCAGACCAGAUCUUGAUUCUUGGGAACUCAGACGUGGUCUGAAUGAUCUAUAUGGACAUGACCUUGUACCUGAACCUAAAAUCAUAAAUGCUAUGUUGCAUGCCUGUCGUCGUCUCAAUGACUUUGGUAUGUCAGUGAGAAUUCUUGAAGCAGUCAAAGACAAGGCAGUUGGUAACAAAGAGAUAUAUAGCUACAUUCUUCAAGAAUGUAAGCCAGUCAUUGAAGAAUUGGGGAUAAGUACACCAGAAGAACUUGGACUUGCUAAGUAGAAUGAAUGUUACUGUCAUGGCAUAUGGCUGGUUUAUUGAUGGCUGUUGAUUGAGUACAAUAUUGUUUUGUAAAGCAUAUCUGUGUACUUAAAACAUUUGUAAAUUGGAACAAAUAAAUUGUUUAAAAAUUG